AGUUUACUCAACAGGAAUAAAACACGUAGCAUCUCUCUAAAUUUAUCCAACAUCAUAAUAGGAUAGUAUAUAUAUUAUCUACAGUCAUUCAACUUCAUUUGUCUAGCACCAUCCCAGUACAGCGAACAUCUCGUACCAAGUACAAACACCUUCGUUGAUGUUAAGAGUCCUUGUCUUCCGAUUUCAUCUCACGAAAAAAUAGUCCCCUAACUCGGCCGCAGCAACGCAUAAAAGCAUCACUAUAAUCUGCUUUCUUGUAGUCACUGCUUCCUCGAAGAAAACUACUACGUGGAUGUGGGUUACAGACGGCUAGCGACCGUUAACAUUGUAGAAUUAUUCGACUUGUACAGCUACCUUAGUGAACCAUACUUUGCGAGCGUAUUGAUAUGACAAGUGUUAGCGUGCCAUCUGCCACCCCUGCGUAAGGGGAGUUGUUUGUGAGAGUAGCUGUGGGCUAUUGCACGGUAGCCCAAUAUUGACUUUUAUAAAUUAUUAUUUUUAAUUUUUUAAAUAUUAUAUUAUAAUCUUGCAAUGCCAGGAAUGAUGGAAAAGACUACAGAAUUCCUUGGGAAGGGACGUUCAAACGGGACGAAAAGCCCGUCUAAUGCCUCGAACGGGCAUUAUUCUGAGGACAGCGGUAGCGACGAGGAGCACGGUGAUGUUGGGAUGCGAGUUGGGGCUGAUUACCAGGCAGCGAUUCCUGAGUAUGAACCCGGCACUGUGAAGUACACCGAUAAAGAGGGUGGCGGAAUGCUUGUAUGGUCCCCAUUUCACAGUAUCCCAGACAUUAAAUUGGAUGAGUAUAUUGCGAUAGCAAAAGAAAAACAUGGCUACAAUGUAGAACAGGCACUUGGUAUGCUGUUCUGGCAUAAACAUAAUAUAGAGAAGUCACUGGCUGACCUUCCCAACUUUACUCCAUUCCCUGACGAGUGGACUGUAGAAGACAAAGUCCUUUUUGAGCAGGCCUUUAGCUUUCAUGGGAAAAGCUUUCACAGGAUCCAGCAAAUGCUUCCAGAUAAGUCUAUUGCAAGUCUUGUAAAAUAUUAUUAUUCCUGGAAAAAAACUCGUUCCAGAACAAGCCUAAUGGAUCGACAAGCUCGGAAGUUAGCUAACAGAAGUAAUCAGGAUGAGAGAAAUCCAAAGACACAGGACAACUUUGAAAUACUUGACAACGCUCAUUUUUUUGAUGAUGAUAUAGAGGAUGCAAAUCCAAAUGAUGGAAAUGACAGCGACUACGACCCACAGAAAGAAACUAAGAAAGAGGUUACAGUUGAGCAACCAAUACAGACUAGCAAGCUUGGACUUGGCAGAAGAGAACAUCAGAAUUUACAGCAUCGUCACCAUCCACAGCGCUCAAAGUGUCGGCCACCCAAGGGCAUGUACCUGACCCAGGAGGAUGUAGUAGCCAUUUCUUGCAGUCCUACAGCUGCAACGAGUCUUCUUAGACAACUGGACAUGGAGCUAGUCUCGUUAAAACGACAGGUUCAGAAUGCAAAACAGGUAAACAGUGCAUUGAAGCAGAAGCUGGAAGGAGGCAUAGAGGAAUUUAAGCCGCCAGAGGUUAAUCAGAAAAUAAAUGCCAGAUGGACGACAGAAGAACAGCUUCUUGCAGUACAGGGUGUCCGAAAAUAUGGAAAAGAUUUCCAGGCCAUUGCUGAUGUAAUAGGUAACAAGACAGUUGGUCAAGUGAAGAACUUCUUUGUGAACUAUAGACGUCGGUUUAACUUGGAGGAGGUUUUGCAGGAGUGGGAGGCAGAACAGGGAACGCAGACUUCAAAUGGUGACUCAGCUACCUCAGCAGAUGAUGUGAAAAAUAUUUCCAGUACUACACCUGGAAAAAACUCUGAAGAAGAGACGCAAGCCACUGCAGUUUGUGGUACAACGCCUCCAGCCCAGGUUUCUGCUACAUCAACAGCUACACCUACUCCUGUAGCUCCACUGAAUCACCCUCCUCCACUUCUUCGUCCAACUCUGCCUGCUGCCCCAGCUCUCCAUCGUCAGCCACCCCCACUACAGCAACAGGCUCGGUUUAUACAGCCAAGACCUACACUUAACCAGCCUCCACCACUCAUCCGCCCAGCCAAUCCCAUGCCUCCCCGCUUGAACCCAAGACCUGCCUUGCCCACAGUUAGCGGACAGCAACCACCAUCACUUAUUGGAAUUCAGACUGAGUCACAGACUUCCUCUCUGCACUGAUUUUAUUAAAAGUAGGAAACUGUUGUAUGUGCUGAAAAGAAAGACUGCAAUGAACUUGUGCUGACAUAAUAAGCUGUGUGAAACAGAACCUUCCAAGGUUAGGCAGCAGGGGCAUUUUUAUUUCGGCAAUAAGUCUGUAUUCAUCAGUAUUUUCACUGUUAUUUCAUUAGCACUUGAUGUUUUGUAUUUCAUUCAUGUGUCCCUGUUUUUAGUUGUCUGAGCUUUUUUUCUGUUUGGUGCUCAGUUUACUGUGUUUUUUUUUCUUCCUUAAUCUUGCUAAUUACAAACUACUGGAUUUGAUAGACUAAACACUUUGUGCAUAAGCAUAGAAUAGUCUGAUUGAAGGUUUAAGAAGGAUCAAGUGGAAAAAAACUUAGUGCCUCAAUACCUUCUUUGUACAGCAGACUUUUAAACCUGUGUGUCUUUAAUGGUUGCAAAGAUAUAGAAGCAUCCAGUUAGAAACUGGUGGUAGACUGGAUAAACCUGAAGUCAAGAAAAGAAGUAAUUAAGCAUGUUCUUUUAUUACUUACCUUAUUAUAUUUAAAGUGCAGAUAGUAAGUUAAGUGGUGUUUGUAAUUUACAAAAAAAUAAUAUGGUUUUGCAAAAGUAUGAAAUUCUUUAUAUUUCUGUACAUCUUAUUUUUAAUUUAUUUAUUUAGGAAGACAUUCUGUAACCCUGCAAUAAGUAACAGCACAAGACUGAGCACUAUAAUUGGCAGGGUUAAAAAUCCUGCCUUGCAGAUUUGUAUAACACUGAAUAGGUCAGUGGACCAACAUUAUUAAAAUUAUCUUUGUUGAGAUGACGUAUGGAAGCAGAACUCCCAAGAUGACAAGAUGUCUGUGUCAUGGAGGCUGGUCUAGGUAAACAUGUAAAACAAGGGAAAAGGAAAGAAGAAGAAAAAAAAAUCAACUUCAUGAUCUUUUAAAUUCGACUGCUAAUGGAGAACAAGUGGAACACUCCUAAACAGGGUGAUCAUAUGCAUUUUUGGUCUUGCUUUGGGUUUAGAAAAAUAUUUUUCUAAUGACUGUUCUGAUAUGGUUUCAGAAAUGUGAGUUUGUGCCGAGGAAACUUGGGGACACAGUAGUCCACUGUGGAUCAGUGAAACUAGGAUGCCUUAUUUGUGACAGGAUGGAACAUGAAAUAAUGCACUUAUACCAGUUUGCUACUGUUGGCAACCAUUGCAGCUGUUUCAACAUGUGGACGAACUUAUUCAUUCUGUUUAAUGCUAAGAUGCCAUUUGUUUAAAGAAAAAGAAAAUUAGUAAAGUAAAUUGAACCUUGGUAUCUAUACUACAGAAACACAGUACUGUUACUUAUGGGAAUGUGUAUUGGAGCAUUAUGUGACAUAUGCAGUAAGUUCACAUUUGUUUUACAGUCAUGGCAGUUUUUUAUGUUUGUUCUGAAAUGUGUAUUGAUUCAGUACUACGUAAUCUUUCAAGCGUCUUAAACAGUUUUCCACCAUUUUAAACUGUGGACAUUUUCUCAGUGUGGAAACUACACAGGGGAAGGUAAUUACAGUCUGUACACAUUUUUUUUAUUUUAAACAUUUAAUUUUGUUAGAAAUGUUUAUUUAGUUUUCAUUGUGAAAAAGAAAAAAAAUACCUAGUUGAAAGAACCAUCCAUUCAGCUGCCUUUUAUUAGCCUUAACACUAAUUGCAGAAUGUAGACAGUAUCAUAACAGAAUGAAUCUGUUGUUAAUACUCGAAAAAAGUAGUAGUAGUGAAGUUGCAGUUCAUGAUGUCUGGUUAGAUUUAUUUUCCAGUCUUCAUGAAAAAGGUGUAUUAAAAUUAGAGCUGUAGUCACCAUGUUCAAAAGCUUCCCUCACUAACUUGCUCUUAAGAUGUGUUGCUUAAAGAUUAAGAAACACAUGUAUAUAGUGUAUAUGGAGGUCUUUGUAUAUUAUUACAUACUGGACAAAUAGAAUUGGGCUCUCCAAUUAGAUAAAACUCGUGUGGAUAAUAUAGAUAUGGCAUCAGUUGUGUGAAGUUGGAAGUGUAUGAGUUAGACUUGAUAGUAUUUCCUUUUCAUAAAUUAGUACACAAAAUUAAUUUUAUUUGCAGAAUGGGAGUAACCUAUGUUUAGUCAUAUGAAGUUGUACUUAAAAAUACUUGAGUUAAUAAAUGCCUGACUACAGCUUUAAUGUUUGCAAAAUUUGAACAGUUUUAUGCAUAUGUGUUUAAUGGAACAGGUAAGCUCAAGAAUGAUGUUUAGACUUCUAAUUUUUUUUACUUGUUUCUGUCAGAAAAACAAGUAGCCAGUCAUGUAUCUUCCUGUUUAAAGCGUAGUGUGACUUGGUCACAGGUAAGAGCAGUACUACAAUGGUUCUGUACCCAUGAUCUAUCAUGGGAACCUUUCUUGUUGGGUCAGCUAUUGGGUUCAUCCUCCCCACCAACCAUAAUUCUAAACUUACUGUAGAAAGUCCUAUACUUAAGAAUUUCUGCUUCUUAUGCUUGAACACUCUGUAUUAUUACAGGUAGUAAGAGUAUGCCUAGCCCUUUAACCUGUCAGUUCUUUGCUGCCAGUUGCACGGUUUGGAUCUCUGUUUUGGCACAUAUCACUGAGAAGGUCUUCUGUACAUUACCUAAAAGCAGAUCAUCACCUGUAUGCUAGAUGGUCUCUGCCAGGCUCUCUGGGCAAACAUUCUUAAAAGGAAUGUAGCAAGGCUUGAGGUUCUGCUGUUGUAAUUUUAUAGUUCCAAAGGGAAACUGAUUUCUGCCUUUCCUGUGCCUGACCAUCUUAAUCCAGCAUGUCUGAUACAUCAGUUUCUAGAUGAAGACUGUUUGGGUAGUCCUUCUCCAGGAUCUUGUCGACCCAUCAAAAGCAAUUUAAUCGAGUGCUGUUUGAUUGACAGAGAGCGAAAUGAGUUUUAUUGUCAGUGGAGUUUACUUUUUCUCCACUGUUGUGUGACCUCAGAGUUUUUAUUUUUAAGUUGGAGGGUGGAGGGGUAUCAUCCUACAUGGGGGAUGCAGUAGGGCUUGCCAACCUUCCCUGCAAAAAUAUUUACCUCAGAGAUUCGGCAAAACUUAUUUCAUUCUUUUUCUGUUGAUUGAUGGGUCGAUAUGUAUCUCAAUCCCGUCACUGCCAGGUGCCUAGGUGUUUCUGGAUGUAAAUAUGAUGGGACAUUUUUUGACAAACUAGUGUCUAGGAUCCACACAGAAGAUUUCUUCAGUUGUCAUUUGCUUUUCUUUUGCACCCAGAUUGUUGACCAGCAUGUUGAUGUUAGUGGUUAAAGUCAUGCAGGAGAAGGAUAUCCAAGUGUUUUUUAUGCUUGGGUAAUGGUUUCUUGGUGGCCAUGGUAAGGGACUUCUUGGUGGAGUCCACAGAAUGCGCUGUAACAUGAUUGUGGUUGUUUGGGAGUCCUCUUAACUGAGAAUUAUGCUGUCUGAUCCCAUCUCAGAAGAUUGCCUUUAUUAGGUUGAAACUGGACACUCCAAUGUAUUGUCAUUGCUUUCUUGAUGGAUGACUCUGGAAGUUGUUAAUUUGUCAGCAUGGAUGACAAUGUAGCAUAGUUUCCAAGCUUCAGACCUUUCUGCUCUUUCUCUAGUCUUAGUGGUUGCCAUAGCCUUCAGCCUUUAGGAACUGCGAUGUGUCUGUGUUUGCUGAGCUGUUACAUGCACAUGAUAUGUCUACUGAUGUUUAGCACAUUUUUGCUUGACUCUGGUUUGGUGGACAGAUCCCCAUCAGUUUCCAUGUGGGCCUCUCGUUCCUACAGCCAAGCCUGUUACAGGUUCUGAUAAAUGAUGCUUUGGUGAGGAGGGAAACUCUGCUCUACUCUGCAUAGCUCAAGGGAUAUGCUCCGCCAUGGAAAAGGGGGGAGUGCACAUCCAUCGGCAACAGUUUUGAGCAGUCCUCCUAGCCUUCAUUGGAAAGCUACAACCAGAAACCCUCAUAAUUCGGGCUGACUGAUUUUUGUUAUGCUUUUACCAAAACAAGCAGGGGGACAUGCGGUCCUAACCUUUGUGCAUGGCAUGUUGUACAGUGGACUGUAUGCAGAAGCAUCACUUUCUCAACAACUCAUAUCUUUGAAGUGAAUGUGUUGCACACUCCCUGAACCACUCCUUCAAGCAUCUGCUGGAAUCAUGUCUAUAGUAGGUCUUCCUGAAGUGGAUCACUGUGUAGAGUGACUUUAUUCUUAUUCAAGAGAACACAGUAUUUCAUCUCUUCUUAAUGUGGCAGAGCAAGAAGGAGUUUGUAGUAGAUUUGCUUUCCCUCCACUUGCAUUCCCUCCACUUGCAAAGGAGAUUCCUGUAGACCUUCUCGUUUGAUCUCGCUUCACCACAAAAUUCUAUGAAGAAGGUUGAAAGGUAAUUCUUAUCAACCUGUGGUGGUCAACAAGAGUGUGUUUCAGGCUCUCUGGCCUAUCGUGGUAGAGGAACUCUCCUUUUUUCUAAUUUGUGAGAGGGCCCUUCCCCAAGGGGCAACAGCUGGAUGGAGAACAUAAGAGCUCUAUGAUAACGGCCAGCCAUUACUGUGGCAGAGAACUACUGAUCAUUUAUAAUAGUUCUCCAUGACUGGAAAACCCCAAUGCAUCUGUAGACAGUCUGUUCCCACCUUGGCAGAAAUGUCAAGUGUGACUAAAGCCAUAAAUAAGGCUUCCGCUACACAGACAUUGUCAUGUAAUGUAAAAGAGUUUGUCUAGUUUGGUCGAAUGAUACUUGAUACUACCAUUCAACUUGUAGGUCAGCCUAGUAUGUUUUAGAUGAGUGUGAUUUGGACAUCAGUUAUUCCGUGAGAAGGAUGCACUUGUUAGUUGUUUCUGCCCCUUAUGAUUACUGGUAACCCAGCAGUGGUUAGUCAAGUAGUUCCUUAAAGGAGUGCUGCAUUUCCUUCCACCUUUGAAAAAUCAGUAUUCUCCAGGGGAUUUGCACUUCAUGAUUAACAGGCUUCUCUGAUUCUCUCUUGAACCCAAUGUUUCAGCUGCAUUUGAAGCUUGAUCUUGCAAAAUGCUUUUUGGUGGCCAUUACCUUUUAUUACAUGAUUGUGAAGCGUUAUACAAUGUUUUACAAGAAUCUGAUGUCUCUUAGGUUCGACCCACCUUUUUCCCUAAAAGCAGCUGAUCCUCAAUCUUUUUUUUUUUUUUUUUUUGCCACUAUAUAAACAACAGGUGCUCGUCUUACCCUAACUAUGCCACAUAAAUGCAGGUGUUUCCUGAAGGGGGUGUGUGUGUUUCUGAAGUUCAAACAGUUGAUCAUCUCUUUUGCUCUGGGGAAAAAAAGCAUUGGCAGUCACAUCAGUCCUCUGUUACUGUGUCUAUACUUCAGGACUCGGCCUUCUGCUCUGUGGGCAUUUUGGCUGGCCUGUUGCUCCUUUCAUCUUGGUGGAGCUGCUGUUUUUUGAUUCUGCCUAAUCAUUAAUCCACCAUGAAUGGUCCACAGUACAGCGCAUACGUUUUUAGUGUAUCAGUUGGCCUAAGAGGGGGCCUUAAGCUCUCCCACCCUACCUGCUCUGCUUGGAUGGCUCCUCCAUGGAGCCUUGGUUGUUGGAGUUCCCUUUAAGUCAGGAAAGCAAAUUACUUGUCAACAUUGCAGGAGUCAAAUCUUUAUUAUUUCUUAAUUUGUAGAAAGUGUAUUAAGUCAGUGGUUGAGGAAAGCUGACAGGUUAAUGAGCUAGGUAUGCUGUUAUGAUUGGCGCAUGAUGUCAUGGCAUAGCUGGGUCUCCAUUGCAUGCAACCUGGAUGAUUUUGAAUUUUGAAUAUAAAAAUGUUGAAUUUUGAUUGAUUAAGAGGAUGAACCCAGUUGUAUACCACUAUUAUUCUGGUCCCUUUCUAGAUCAACUGUUGUAGUAAAAACAUGUUUUUUCAUUACACCUUUCUUUUUAAUUCCCCUUGUGUUAUCUUAGUUAAGGUGCUAGAUUUACAGAGUUUUGUACUGUAACUGAGUUAGUUAGACAUAGCACUCAGUAGGGCAUUUCUCAGAAAUCAUUUGUCAGUCAUUUACUGAGUUGUACAUAUUGAAAUGUCAUUUUAAUUAUUUUAUUGAAUAUGUUGAAAGUUCUUGGAGCUUAAAAAGUACGUGUAUAUAGAUUUUGCACGCAUUUGUCUUUACUUUUUGCUGACCAUGUUAUAAAUGUGCUUGCUGCUUUAAGUCAUUAAAAGUUUCAAGAGAGUUAUUUUA